GCCUGGACCCAUGCAGCACCAUGACAGGCAUCGCCGCCGCCUCCUUCUUCUCCAACACCUGCCGCUUCGGGGGCUGCGGACAGCACUUCCCGACCCUGGGGGAGCUCAUCGAGCACAUCGAGGACAACCACAUCGAUACUGACCCACGUGUGUUAGAGAAACAGGAACUACAACAGCCAACAUAUGUAGCACUAAGUUAUGUUAACAGGUUUAUGACAGAUGCUGCUCGAAGGGAACAGGAAUCCCUGAAGAAAAAGAUUCAGCCAAAACUAUCUUUAUCAUUAUCGAGCACGCUUUCACGGGGCAGUCUCUCCACACCGCAGCGUCACAACAGUGGCAGCCUUACACCCCCUGUCACUCCACCUGUUACUCCAUCUUCAUCAUUUCGAAGCAGUACUCCCACAGGUAGUGAAUAUGAUGAAGAAGAGGUGGACUACGAAGAAUCAGAUAGUGAUGAGUCUUGGACCACAGAAAGUGCAAUUAGUUCAGAAGCUAUUCUGAGCUCAAUGUGCAUGAAUGGAGGAGAAGAAAAACCUUUUGCCUGUCCUGUUCCUGGAUGUAAAAAGAGAUAUAAGAAUGUAAAUGGCAUAAAAUACCAUGCAAAGAAUGGCCAUCGGACUCAGAUACGUGUCCGCAAGCCAUUUAAGUGCCGCUGUGGAAAGAGCUACAAGACUGCACAGGGGCUGCGGCACCACACAAUCAAUUUCCACCCACCGGUGUCUGCUGAUAUUAUCAAGAAAAUGCAGCAGUAAAUAAAAUCUGUGUGCAUGCGUGUGUG